CAGGGAAAAGCAGCUUUGCAGCCGGAUGAAUCCAUUAGUAAGGAAAUGGAAAGCCAACAGACACGUAAAGGAAACCUAAAAAACCGGGGGCUGUACGCUGCCACUACCGGAAUUCGGAGCCGAAAAUCCAGCGGGGACCGGGAGAGCCAAGGAAACCGAGAGCCAGCCGACCUGAGCGGGCCCCACACGCAGCCCGCGCGGCCACCCCGCCACUCCCGUGCCCCCGACCUCCCGGCCCCACAUGUCAUUCUGCGCGCGCGGCCCCGGCGGCCACCCAAUCCCCACGACGCCCCUGCCACGUGGCGCCACGCCGCGCGCCCGCCCCUAUUAAACCACACGGCCUGAGCCGAGCAAGCCAUCUCCUUCCGCUCCCAUCGCGCUGCAGCAGCUGCCGCCGCCUCGCCUCGCCCGAUUCGGCAGCCGCCUCGCCUCCGGGCGGAUAAGAUCCCCAAUCCCCAUGGCGGCGGCGAAGGAGGAGGAGUUCACGGACGCGGAGCUGGAGGUGGCCGCCAUUCUGUGCGACCUGAAGAAGACCCUGCGCGCGCGGGACCGGCGGCGGCGGCGGCGGAUGCAGCGCCUCCAGGCGGCCCCGGAGAUCCCCUCGUGGGGGCGGCGCCGGCCGCGGUCGAUGCCGGAGGAGAAGCCCGCCACUCCUGCUCCCGUCCCCGCUUCCGGGGUCGCGGAGAAGGACGGCGCCGCCAGCCCGGACACGCCGCUCGCCUACCCGGAGAGCGGCGGGGACGACGCGCCGAUGGAGGAGGACGACGCCAAGAAGCCCACCUCGAACGAACAGUGGGUGCAGCAGCAGCACGGCGUGGUCGCGAGCUUGUCGCAGGAGAACGCGCAUCUCCUCAUGCAAAUCGAGGAGUACAGAGCUCGGCUGCAGAGCUCGAGAAGCACGAACGAGAGCUUGAAGCAGUUGCACAAGGUGAAGCGGGAGGAGGAGGAGGAGCAGGCGCGGAAACGGCCGCGCGUGGCGGCGCAGGCGCCGGGCGCAGCGGAUCCCCGGGCGGCGGCAGCGGCGGCGCUGGGGCUCGACCUGAACGAGCCGGCGCGGGCGCCGGAGGAGGACGAGAAGGCGAGGGCGCAGGCCCAGGCGGCGGCGGUGGCCGCCGCCGCCGCCGCCGAGUGGUACCGGCACGCGCGGGUGCGGGCCGCGAUGGAGAAGGCCGCGGUGUCGGCGGGGGCGCGGCGGCGGCGGCUGGAGAUCCUGCGGGCCAAGGUGGCCUGCCCGCUGGUGUCGAGCAGGCCGCGGCGGGCGGGGUGAGCGCUGGCCGAGGGCCAGCCGGCGGCGGCGGCGGCGCCAUUGACGCGUGUGCAAGUUUUGAGCGUAGCAGGCUGGUCGAAUUGGACCGGCACUAGCUUGUAGUAGUAGUAUUUGUUAUAGUAGUAGUGGUAUAGUAGUGCAAUCAAAACUGUUUUGGCGAAGAAGAAGAAGAGUGUAGGAGGGAGGAGUCGAAGCCCAUUCGUAUUCAUUGCCAGGUCGAUGCGGAUCGUCCUGGAACAUUGUGAGAUUUUUGAUCGGUGUUACUAGUAGACAGUAUUGAUUAUUAACUGUAUGUAAGGUUGGCAAUGCAGCACAGCCCGUUCACCAGAGCAGUAGCAGAAAUGGUUCUGA